AUGGCGGAAUAUGAUCUUACAACAAAGGUUUCACCCUUUCUUAACCGGCAUAUGAUUUUUACACUGCUGGAGUUUUUAUCAGACAAACAGUUAUACAGUGAAAAACAACUUUUUCAGAGAAAAUUGGACUUACUUAGCCAUACCUUUAUGGUUGACAUGGCCAUGGAUGUACACAAAAAGUUGUAUCCUGAUGAAGACAUACCUCAGGACCUGAGAGACUGGAGAGCUGAUGUUAUUAAUAAGUUACAACAAGCUCAGGCUGAAGCAACAUUAAUUGGAAAGCUGUUUGAAGACCCUGAAACAACAAGACUAAUACAGACAACUAAGGAUGGGCGAAUGUUGUCUGAAUAUUUAGCUGACAAACAUGGCUUUCGACAGGAACACUUGGAUAAGUUGUACAUGUAUGCAAAACACCUGUACGAAUGUGGCUUAUAUGAUGAUGCUGCAGAAUGGCUCAACGUUUUUCUAACCCUGAAUCCACUUACUAGCAAGGAUGAUUUGAGUUCUCUAUGGGGAAAACUUGCAGCAGAAAUCCUAACAAAGAAUUGGGAAUUUGCUAUGGAAGAUCUGAGAAGCCUGAAGAAGGCUAUUGAUAAUAAAUACAUCAACAUGACACAACAUUCUAUUAGGCUGAAGGCACGACUGAUUCACUGGUCUCUGUUUGUGUUUUUUAACCAUCCAGAAGGCAGAGAUAACAUCAUCAAUACCUUUCUCUACCAACCAGAGUAUCUUAAUAUUAUCCAAACUACAUGCCCACACAUCCUUAGAUACCUGACCGCAGCUGUCAUCUUCAUCAAAGAUGCAAGAAAAUGUGGACGAGUCCUUAAAGAUUUAAUCAAGGUUAUCAAACAGGAAAUAAAUGUUAAAAGUAGCUUUAUAUUUUGA